CUGAAGCAUUGCAUCUGUAAGCUCCCAAAUCCGACUCCAGUUCAGUCUGAGCUGGCCGUUAUAGAUGAAAUAGAGCAUGGAUUCAAUCACCCAAGACGACACACCUCGCAGGCACACGACUUCCUGGCAAGACUCCCGUAACCCUCCGCACAGCAAUGCCCGGAAAUAGUCUCCUGCUGCUGCUAACACCACGCGAUGUGCUGAGAAAAGUCAGAAGAUGAUAAAAAGUCACAGAGAAAGAGAUGCGGAUAAAGUAGGAAAAGACACAAGCACAAGGUAAGCAAAAGUUUCUAACUCCACCUAGUGUUAGCAUACUGGAAAUGCAUUUCCAGUUUACUUUCUCCUUCAAAACAAUAGCGGGUGAUCAUUUUCUGUUUAUGUCAUGCUUUUUUGUCUUUUUUUUUUCUUGUUACAGUAGCACAUGUCUGGUCAGCAUGUGUCACCAAGAAAUGACACAUUUUUAGCUAAAAAAAAAAAUUCUUAUAUUAGCAAAUGACAUGAUUUUGUGUAUAAAUUUACUUUGUGUUGACAUUAUUGGCAUUCCAUUUCUCUUACCUGCAUAAACAACAGCUGACUGUCACACUAUGAACUAUUCUGGGAAAAGGAUUCUAGGAAAUCUACAAGUUUGUGGAGGAGCGUGAAGUACAGUCACCCUUUCUGUGAAUCCGAUUAUCAUGAGUAAAAUAGUUGCACACCAGCUACAGUUGUGGUCAGAAUUUUACACGCAUUCAUCAUGUACAUAAAUAUCAUAGCAAUUUAGGACUUUUAUAUGAUUUAUUUGAACUGUUCUUUUUCCAGGGUGGAACGAUUGUGCAGCAUGCGUCUUUAGUGACUCAAGGAAAAAAGAACUUGGUGCACAAGUUUGAAUUUAUUUUAGAUUUAUUUUGGAUAUAAUACAACAGUACAAUAUACUGUAUUGUAUACUGUUCAGAUGUACAUUUCAGAGUGUACAGAUAAUGCCACUGCUAUCAGGACUGACUACUACAGUUAAUAGUUUUUGAUUUUACAUACAAAACAUACAUUCAUCUUCAUACACAAUAUACUUUUUCUUUUACACAUACAACACCCUAUGUUAUAUGCUAUAAAACAGUACUUUUAAGUAAUGCUUUAAAUGGAGUGUUGUAACUUAAAGCCCUGAGCUCAACCCUACUGGAAAUAAUUAAAAGCCAGGUCUCAAACCAACUAAUUUGAUUGAAGUCUACCACUUCAAUCAAAUAAGAGUCGAGAAGAGUGGUCAAACAAUGAUUCCACUCUGGGAAAAGAUCAGUUCAAAGAAAUCAUUAAAAACUCCCAAAUCAUCAUGACAUGCAAACCCAUAAUGAGUUCAUGGAAACUUUUGACCACAAUUGUAUGAAAUGUGACCAGAUCUAAGAACAGCAUUUGUUUCUCUUUUAAUGAUCACAAUAAAAAGGAAGGGCAGUAUGUAUUUGCAGAUCUGAAAUAAAUGCUUUGGCAAUUUUCGUGUAACUAUUUAUUUAAAAGAAUCUAAAUCUUUUCAAAGCACUAUAUUGAAAACUGUAAUAAAGAAAAACUUUAAUGCCAGUAUGAACGUAUGGAACUUAAGUUGAAAAGUAACAUACUCUAGUUUCUGGGAAUUUUCCUUUUGAGCAUGUGACUAAAAUCAGUCCCAGCUCUAAUUCUAAUUCUAGAUUUGUCAUUGUUGGGGGUUAAGAGAUUAAACCUUGUUCCGGUCAUAUUACCCUACAUCAUAAUCUCGAAAGCUACACUGGUCAGCUAGUGAACAUUCCUCAUAGAUUACUUUUCAUUUGUCACCACUGUAAAGUCAUGUAAAGUCAUAUAUGAUCACUGUCUCAGUCUUCCCUGUUGAAAAAUAUCCCUACCAAUACAAAUCUGCUGUAAUACCGUCCAAGUACUGCUGUGUCAUGAUUUAUAAAGCUAUGGUCAUAUGCCAUUUUAGCCUUUUUUUUCUAAUUGGGAUGUCCAAGAGCACUGUGUUUGGGCCUCACCUGAGUAUUUCUCUCCAGUCUCUGCUUGUAUUGUGACAUCACAUCCUUCUCCUCUCUUCCACAUGUCUUUGAUGAUAGCCAAGCUCUUCUCUCUCUCUUUUGCAGCAGAAGUUUUGAUCUUUGAUAUGCAACUUUCUUUCAGCCUCUCCAUCUGGAGACAUUGAGAAGCAUUUAAAACCUCCUCAAUUACCCGCUCUUUACUCAAGUCCAUGGCCACAUGUCCACAAUAUGCAAACUCCAUGAUAGCCCGUAACCCAACUGGUGUCAAACAUUGUGCAGUUUCUUCCACUCCAAGCCCUGGCAUUUCUUUUGAACCUAAAAAUGCAUUUGGGGUUUGACUGAUAGCUGCUAGAACAAGCCGGUGAGCUUGGAAGGAUUUUCCUUGAAUGAUAAAGGUGCAGUCCAGGAGUAAUUCUUCCUUGCAAAGGUUGUGUAAGUGAGUGAAGAGUCUGUCUGAGUGUGAAGAGAAGUUGUAAGAGAUAAGACCAGAAUUCUCUGAGAGACAUGAAGAAAGGCCGUGAGGAGUUUCUUGAGCUUUAGAGUCUGGUAUAUGCUUUGGUGUUUGAAGAAUAGUUUUUGAGCUUUCGUUUAUGCCACCAUUGUCCACAUGUGUUCCACUUUCUCUUCCGCUUGCUCCACUUCUUCUCAUAAUGUCUUCCUGUGUGCACUGUCACCUUAUAGAGUUACUUGUGUCAGAGCAGACCGCCAGAUGUUUACAUUCAACGUGCACUGUACAAAGAGAGGAAAGGCAGAACAGCGAGAGUCAGGAUAAGUCAAUAAUAAAGACUCUAGAAAAGUGUGACUACUCUAUUCCUGGAAAUGCCACUGUACUUAUUCACUUUAACAUUAGACAUGCAUCAAUUGUCCUCAUGACCUCUCAAGUGUCUUUUACGCAAAGAAAACACAACCUAUCCUAAAAAAAAGUGUCAAUAUUGGUAUCAUGACAAACUUUUAAGUUCAGGAGGUCAAAAACAUGUGAGCCACUUAUUAGCAAUGCUGUAAUACAUGAAUGUGUCAAGACACAAACAUCUGUCUCUUGCACCUGUUCACAGAGUUCAACAUGUAACAACUUACAGUUCAUUUUGACAGUAAACGUCCUCGUAAGAACAAUUUCCCACGAGAUAUUAGAAAUACCAGCAGCAUACGACUUAUUGUAAUUUUGUACUAAGACGAGUCUUGCUUGAUUACAAUUGGUUAAUAUCUUAUUUUAGAUUAAGACUCUGCAUAGGCACCUACCUUGCUUUUCCUUUAGCAGUGUGGGUGGAACAAGUGACUUUGACCAGUGGCAUUGUGAGCAUGUGGGGUGCACAAGGCAUUAGAGCAGGUUUAAUUAUAGCAUGGCACUGACACUAUAAAGACUACACUACAAGAAGUUUCCACUACGCUCAGGAACUGGCUGCUUAAAAAAGUUCAACAUGAAGUGAAGUAUUUUGAAGUAUUACAUGAAGGGACUGAAGGUGAAAAAGAAGACUGAGAAGAUAGUAUUGCCCAAAUACCUUAAAUAACAACAAUAACACAGCCAUUACUGCUGUGUCUAAAGUCUGACAAAGCAUUAAUGAGUAUAGAUAAAACACUCUCUCACUAUGUCCAGCAUAAGUUUUUUAAAUUGUGCUCAAAGUAACAUCAGGAAAAUCUAUUAACCCAAAAAACAAUAAUAUUUGUUUCAUUAUGUGUUUAGUUCAGUUUUUAACAUCCAUGUUGAAAACUUGUUACGCAAUAAAAUGAGAGAGAAGAAGAGUUCCUGAAAACAUUUUUAGUGCAGUCAUUGUGAAAGUUCCUUCCUGUGCAUUAUUGACACUAAUAGCUGAUGAAAAGUCAACAAUUCUGAAAAGCAUGUAGGCUGAGUCACAGAUCAGCUGUGUUACUCAUCUUGAAACUUAUUAACUUUGUUAUGUUAGUUCUACAGUUAUUAUUUUAAAUAACACAGUUAUUUAUAACUUUUUUGCAAACAAAAUUUUUAGCUCUUUGUUUUUGGAAAUAAAGAUUUUUAUUGGAAAUAAAAAAUGUAUUUCCUAGAGAAAAUAUCAUUGGUAGGGUAAUUUGUUACCUAAUGUUUUGCUUUUUUUAAAUUCUUUCUUUUUUCUCUACUUCUGAUUAGAUAAAAGCCAGAAGAUCAUUCAAAAAGUAUUCUACUGCACAUAUUUCCAUUAUAAAAAUAUUUUCAUCUUUAGUUGCUUCAGCAGAACCCAUUAUUCUUCUGUUACUCCACACUCUGCUUCUGCCUGAAACACAGGUUUCUUAUGCUGUGUAACCAAGUGUUUUCUAAGAGCACAGGUACCAGAACCUGAUAUUGAAAAUGGAUAACAGUAGAGAUUAAGGUAUUGAGAAGUACUGGAAAAAAAUAUUAUUAUAAUAACAACAAUCUAUUAAUUUUUAUCCAAAGCCCAAUAUAAUAACUUAUUUGUGUUUCAGAUAACACAACUCAGAUAAACAUUUAUGGUGUGUUCGUGUGUGUGUGUGUGUGUGUGUGUGUAGGCAAGAAAAUUAGUGUAUGUGUGUGAGUUUUUGCCUGAAAGGAGGGGGAUGAGGUAAAUGGGAGGGGAUGUCACCUACCUCACUGACAGUAUAAAUUCCAAUUAUUUCACUGUGAAAUGAACAAAGGCUGAUUUUCCCUCUUCAUUCAACAAGCAAGGAAAGGCACUGUAAGUAUUGCUUUUGGUUUAAAAUUUUCUAUGAAGGAGUUACAUUUUUUUAGAUGUAAAAGUUAUUAUGUUAAAGGUUUUAUAACAUGUAAUAUUUAUACUAAUAUGUUCUUUUGUGAGUUUUAAUACUAAACUAAACAUCAUUGAAAACAACUAUUUCCUCCUUUGACACAUAAUCCAUCAGUCAAAAUGAUUUCUGUGCAUAUAAUCUGUAAUUUACAUGAUACUUUUACCAGUACAUCAUUGUAAUAUAUUGUAGCUAGUAUAGUAUUUCAACCACAUUUGAGAAUAUAUUUAUAUGGGAAAUAAAUUCCAGUAAUAAUAAUAAAAUACUAACACGAGUUAAGAAUAUUCUGCUUUGGUGAAGGUUAUUUCUUAUCCAGGUUUAUGUCCUUUAGAAAUAAGACAUUACCACACAAUGAUAUUGCAUUCAUAACUGAACUAUGAUGAGAGUAAUUACUCAAAUGAGCUUCUUUUGUAAGGGUGAAUCAUUAUCUGUACUCACCCACUGCACAAAAUUACAUCUAAUCCUGCUGAAUUUUUUCUUACAAGCUUUUUAUAUUCACAAUAAGAUAACUUUAAUUUCUCAGUUUUCAGUAUUUUCAUUAAGAUGUUGGUUCAGGUAUAAAUAAAAUGACUAUAGCAUUUGUUGCUUUUUGUACCAAAACGACAGAGAAUUAAUACCUUAUUCUACCCUGCAUGCCAUAUAUGCCUAGAAUAAGACAAUUGGUACAAAGUGCUAAGCUGAAAAAGUUAAUUUAGUUUUUCAAGUUUCUUUAUUGAACACAAAGCUAAAGGUAAAAUCAUAUGAUUUAAAUAUAAAUGUUGAUAAUAUUCGGUACAAAAGUAUAUUAUGAAUUGUAAACUCCCACUUUGAAUGUCUGUUGAAAAAUAGAAAACAGAAAUAUGAAUCAGCACUUCUAACUGCUCUCCAUAUUGUUCCAAAGGAUUUAAUUGGUCUUUUAAUGGGGCAGUUCAUAUCCAAAAGUCCCGUAGUGGGUCAAGGUAUUCACGACCAUGUCCAGUUCUCAGUUGGUGAAGAAGGACCUCCCAGGUACUCUUCACACCAUUUUGAGACCAACAACAGAAGAGAAGGUGCUAGCCACCAAAUUCCUCCAGCCAUCAUUGUCUCAGAGGAGGGUUCAAGUACAUCAGAGCAGCGGGACUCAAGAAUAGAGCUGCGGAGAUCUUCCUUCUAUAGCACCAUAGACCUGCUGCCACAGCUGGAGCACUAUGCCAGCACGCUGCCACACCAGCAGGCAAGGAGCAGACCUUCCCUGGAGGUUCUCCGCAAAGCAUUCGAUGAAGUGGAGGGAGGAAACACCAACAAAGAUCCAGGAGCUUGUGACAUUUCGGCCACAGAUGCUGGAAGUGAAGAGGCUCAAGGUUCUGAGGAGAAAGCUCCUGCGAGAUUUGGCUGGGUUGUUGGAGUUAUGGUUCGUUGUAUGCUUAAUAUUUGGGGAGUAAUCCUGUUCCUCCGCCUGUCCUGGAUCACUUCUCAGGCAGGCAUUUUGUUGACCUGGCUUAUUAUCCUGAUAUCUGUGAUGGUGACCUCAGUAACUGCCCUCUCCAUCUCUGCCAUUGCCACUAAUGGGAGGGUGAUCUCAGGUGGGGCAUAUUUUAUGAUCUCCCGCACUCUGGGUCCAGAAAUUGGAGGACCAAUUGGGGUGGUUUUUUCCUUUGCCAAUGCUUUGGCUUGUGCACUCAAUACUGUUGGUUUUGCAGAGGUGGCCCGUGAUCUAAUGCAGGAGUUUGGUGUUGUCAUGGUUGAUUCAAUCAACGAUGUCCGUAUUGUGGGCGUGAUCACUGUUACGGUUCUUCUGCUGAUUUCAUUGGCUGGAAUGGAGUGGGAGUCUAAGACCCAGAUUUUGUUCUUCUUAGUUCUUCUGGUUUCAUUAUCCAACUACUUUGUGGGCACAUUUAUUCCUCCCAAUAUAGAAAAGCAGGCACAGGGUAUCUUUGGAUACCGCACUGAGAUCUUCUUAGAAAACCUGACACCAAACUGGAGAGGAAAUGAAGCCAACUUUUUCCAGAUGUUUGCCAUUUUCUUUCCCUCUGCUAUUGGCAUCCUGUCUGGUGCCAACAUCUCUGGAGACCUUAAAGACCCUGCUACUGCUAUCCCCAAAGGCACCCUCAUGGCUAUUUUUUGGACUACUAUCAGCUAUUUAAUGAUCUCUGUCACAGUCGCAUCAUGUGUAGUGAGAGAUGCUUCUGGAAAUAUGACUGAUAUCCUGACCGGAAAUCUCACUGAUGGUUGUGUGGGGCUUGGAUGUAAAAUGGGCUGGAACUUCACAGAUUGUAUACAGCAGAAGAAUUGCGAAUAUGGUCUGGCCAACAAUUUAAAGGUCUUGGGCCAGGUUUCUGGUUUCUACUACCUGAUCACUGCUGGGGUAUUUGCAGCCAGCUUGUCCUCUGCUCUUGGAUUUCUUGUCUCUGCCCCGAAAGUCUUUCAGUGUCUGUGCAAAGACAACUUAUACCCAUACAUUGGGUUCUUUGCAAAGGGUUAUGGGAAAAAUGAUGAGCCGCUCCGGGCUUAUGUGCUAUGCUAUAUCAUUGCUGUGGCCUUCAUUCUCAUUGCGGAGCUGAACACCAUUGCCGCUCUGAUCUCCAACUUCUUCCUAUGUUCCUACAGCCUUAUAAACUUUAGCUGCUUUCAUGCUUCAAUCACCAACUCCCCAGGUUGGAGGCCCUCAUUUCACUACUACAGUAAAUGGACGGCUCUGUUUGGAGCAGUGAUAUCUGUAGUUCUGAUGUUCCUGUUUACCUGGUGGGCUGCUCUAAUCACCUUCUGUAUAAUCUUCUUCUUGUUUGGAUACAUCAACUACAAUAAACCAAAGGUAAAUUGGGGUUCGUCAGUCCAAGCAGGCACAUACAACAUGGCUUUGUCAUACUCUGUCUCACUUACUGGUGUGGAGGAUCACGUCAAGAAUUUUAGACCACAGUGUCUAGUCCUCACUGGACCUCCAAACCAGCGACCUGCACUGGUGGAUUUUGUUGGCUCAUUCACAAAACAUAUAAGUCUUAUGAUCUGUGGCGAUAUUAUCAUGGAGCCUGAGAGGCAGACACGACCACAAGAUGCUACAGAUCAGCUAGUUAAAUGGAUGAACAAGAGGAAAGUGCGUUCGUUUUAUACUCCAUUUACAGCUGAGAGCCUCAGAGUUGGAGCUCGAUACUUAAUGCAGGCCUCUGGUCUUGGCAAGCUGAAGCCCAACACUCUGGUCCUUGGCUUCAAGUCAAACUGGAGGGAAAGUUCUCCUGAAAGCAUUGAAGAUUACAUUAACACCAUAUAUGAUACAUUUGACGCCAACUUCUGUUUGUGUAUCUUGAGGAUGAUGGACGGGCUGGACAUCUCUGACCAGUUUGAUUGUGAAGUAAACCAGGGCUUUGAGCUUGAUGAAUCUGCUGAAAGUUAUGACCAUCAGUCUCCAGACAGGGAAUCAGCUGAUGACGUGUCCGAUAACAGCAACAGUGAUCAAAUCAAAACAGUGUUUCAGAACACCCAGGGGAAAAAGUCUAUCGAUGUCUACUGGAUAGCAGAUGAUGGAGGACUGACUUUACUGGUACCUUACCUGAUCACCAGGAGAAAGCAUUGGCGUAACUGCAAGAUCAGGGUUUUCAUCGUCGGAGAUGAACAAAACAUGGACGAAGGCCGCAAUGAAAUGAUUGCUCUGCUGAAGCGGUUUCGUCUACAUUUCAGUGACGUUAUUGUCAUGACAGACAGUGAGAAGCGCCCUCAAGCCAAGAACAUGACUAGGUUUGUGGACAGUGUCGCCCCCUUCAGGCUGCAUGAUGAACAGCAGGAAGGCGUCACAGUUCAGGAGCUAAGACAGAGGGAACCAUGGAAAAUAUCUGAUAAAGAGUUUGAGGCCUUCAAACAAAAGUCUGAGAGAAAAGUAAGGCUGAAUGAAAUCAUCCGCAGGAAUUCACAACAUACUGCCCUUGUGCUUGUGAGUCUUCCCUGUGCCACACAGUGACUGCCCCAGUGCUCUUUACAUGGCCUGGCUGGAUACUCUCACCUGUGGCCUUCAUUGCCCUGCAGUGCUCAUACGAGGAAACCAGCAAAAUGUCCUUACUUUCUACUGCCAGUAAAUUGUAUUUCAUUGUGAGUCAGUCAUGGAGGACUAUUUUUAUGAGUCACAAAACUAAAAAAUUCGAGACUUAGAAGUGAACAAUAAUUAAAAAAAAAAAAAACAAGACAGAGAGAGUACAAUAUUUGCCAAAUUAGGGUUUAACAAAUCUGGUGAAUAAUAAGGAGACAAAUCUUAAAAUUGAGAUUGACACAUGUUACAUGAAUGAUUCUGAGAAGGUCAUUGUAAGUACUCUCCCCUUAUACAAGUGAAUAUCACCGUAUCUCAACCCAAGCAAGAACAUUUUGGAAGCCACCACUUUUAUCACACUGCUAAAGAAGGUGACAUCUUUUGGAAAAAUGAUGUCCAUCCCAUCAGGAGAGUCCCAAAGGCUUGGAACAUCAAUGUGAAUUAAAGGUCUUGUGGUAACAAAGAAAUGAAUCCAAGAUCUUGAUAAUGUUUAACUGGACAUAUAUUUGAAACAAAACUGUCUUGUUUUAGCAAGCUAGUUACUAAGUCAUUUGUGAAAAAUGUAGUAUGAAGUAUAAAACAACUGCUGACAAUUUUAGUGAGUAACAAGAGAAAGUAGCAUCCAGUGCUAAUGUAAAUUGAACAGAGAAGAAUAUUAGACUUAGUGGACUCUUUUACAGUCCACCACUGAUGGGUAGGGAAACUUUUUGUUCUUUAUGGUUAAACUUGUACUACAUAACCACCAACUUUGUUGUUAACACACGAUAAUGUAACCAUGUUUGAAAACUGAGACACAAAUUGUUGAUUUGAAAGUGAUAAUUGUAAGUAAAUGGAAAUUAGUAAUACAUUUAGACUUUACAUUGUAUUCACUAUAUUUGUCAAUAUCUUUUACAUUUAUAUUUGUUUGCUUAAUCUGUGAUGUGUUUUGUAGAAUACUAAAUUAUGUAUAAACUCUUCUAAGAUGAGUUAUUCUGUUGACAUUUUCCAGAGGUAAAAAUUUAAAACCUCUGAGUUGUACUAUUUAAAUGCUGACAAGCAACAGCAGGAAUAUAAUACUGUAAAAGAUUAAUAUUCUGUUAUAAAAUCUGCUGUUCCUCAAAUCGCUACUUGACAUUUUCCCAAAAAGCAAGUCACUCUCCAAUUUUACACCCAUUGUAAUACUGAAUAUGAGUAACAGUAAAAAUAGGCUGCAGUAAGUACAGUUAACCUUUUACAUUACUACUAUCAGUACUCAGUCUACCUCACCUUACAGCUAUAUGCAAUGUGCAACAUUAUGUGGAAUAAACACUGGGGGCAUUUGUUAUUAUUUUUGGCACUAAGCAACAUUACUAAAGUCUGGAUUAAUCUGCAGACGGGUUACAAUGACAUGGAAAUGCAUCACAACAGAUUAACUAUAAGUAGAUAAAAAUUACGCAAAAAACUUGUAAGUAGACAUACUGUAAAAGACCAGUGCAGCAAAGCUAUUAGUAUGAAAUACUAUGUAAUAAUUUAAAUGUCACUUAGUCACAUUAUCAGCUUUAAUAGUGUUAAAGAUUUUUAAAGGCGUCCUUCAUUGACAACAUUGUGUGUCUUUGACUUCACAUAAUGGACAGAUUUUUAAUAACAAUAAGUUACAGAGUGAUAACUUGGAUCAGACCACUGAUA